AUGGCUCCCAUGCUUCUCAAGGGCCUCUGCGCGCUUGCUGCAGUUGCUGCCAUCAGCAGCAGCGCUGCAGCGCCCCCUGCUGCCGAAGGCGGCAGCAGCAGCAGCAGCAGCAGGUCCGAGCUUGCUGCUGCUCGUCCGGCCGGCUCUGGCGGGCUUCGCGGCUCCCUGGGCGAGCGCGAGGAGCCCCGCCGCAGCAGCAGCAGCAGCAGCAGCAGCAGCAGCGACGCAGCUCUGGAGUCUCUGCUUUCUGAGCCUGAGACCAUCGAGCUUGCUGCUGUGGCUCUUUCGAGCAUAAACACCUUUUGGCUGUCUUUGACGCCGGAGGCUCGCGAGGAGCUGCUGAAGGACAUCGGCAGCAGCAGCAGCAGCAGCAGCAGCAGCAGCGGCAGGCAAGAAGAAGAUGUUGCUGACGAAAAGGCAGAAGAGGAGGACCAAGGAUUGUCCGGCGGGCGCCGCCCCAGCAGCAGCAGCAGCAGCAGCAGCAGCAGAACUCUGACAGAAGACGCAGCUCUUUUCCGCGUGCUGCAGCGGCUGGAGGACUCCCCCGCAGCAGCAGCAGCAGCAGCAGCAGCAAGCAGCACGAGCACCUCGACAGCAGCUCCCGGCGAGCGGCUGAGCACUGCAGCAGCGGCGUUUCUGCAGUCGUCGACCGCAGCAGCAGAGCUCGACAGCAGCAGCAGCAGCAGCAGCAGCAGCAGCAACGGGUUCGUGGAAAUCGACAUUUUCGACGUUGCUGCAGCAGACGCAGCAGAAGAUGAUGCCCUCGAAAGACUGCAGCAGCAACUCAGUUCUCUCGACAUGAAUGAAAGUGAAGUCUUGAUGGCUUUUAGAUCUUUUAUUCGGCGCUACGGGCAGCAGCUGCAGCAGUUCGACCAGCAGCUGCAGCAGCAGCUGCACAGCGGGGCCUUCCAGCAGCAGCUGCAGCAGCUGCGCGAGGCGGUGCAGCAGUUCCAGCAGCGCCACCCCGAGCACUCUGCUGCAGCAGCAGCAGCAGCAGCAGCAGACAGCGACCGCGAGGAAGCUGAGGACAUUGCGGGCCAGGGGCUCAAGCACGAGGAGGAGCGCAGCAGCAGCAGCAGCAGCAGCAGCACCAGCACUGCAGCACCCCACAGCCGCAGCAGCAGCACGGAAGCUGGCGAGGAGAGAGAGAGAGAAGGCAGCAGCAGCAGCAGCAGCAGCAGCACCAGCACCACCACUGCUGCUCCCCAUGCUUCCACACUAGCAGCAACUCUCGUCGGCAGCGGAGUCACCGAAGCAGCAGAGAGCAGCAGCAGCAGCAGCACGAGAGCAGCUGAAGAGGAGCGCAGCAGCAGCAGCACGCGAGCAGCUGAAGAGGAGCGCAGCAGCAGCAGCACAAAAGCAGCUGAAGAAGAGCGCAGCAGCAGCAGCACUGCAGCAGAACACAGCAGCAGCAGCAGCAGCACCAUUGCAGCAACUCUCGUCGGCAGCGGCGUCACCGAAGCAGCUGAAGAGAGCAGCAGCAGCAGCAGCACUCACGCAGCAGAAGAAGAGGGCAGCAGCAGCAGCAGCACCCACGCAGCAGAAGAAGAGAGCAGCAGCAGCAGCACCCUCAGCAGCAGCAGCAGCAGCAGCACGUCCACCACCACCGUCGCGCCCGCGCUUCUCUUCGGCAGCGGCGUCACCGAGGCAGCAGAGGGCAGCAGCAGCAGCAGCAGCAGCAGCAGCACGGAAGCAGCCGAGCGCAUCAGCAGCAGCAGCAGCACGAGAGCAGCCGAACGUGAACACAGCAGCAGCAGCACAAGAGCAGCAGAACAUGAGCGCAGCAGCAGCUCCACCAGAGCCGUCUAA